UACUGGGAACAAGUGCCAGCGAACAUGGCUGGUUUGGAGAACUUGAGUGAAAGAGACAAGGCUGUUUUGAGGAGUAUAUUCGACCCAACAGCUACCAUAGCUCAGGUGGUUGACGAUGGGGAUCAAUUUGACGAUAAUGAAGAACCCUCAAACGAGGAAUCCGUCAAGAUUUGCGCAGAAGGUGUACAACUUGCAGAAGCAGGCCAGUAUGAAGAUGCGUUACGCUUGCUCACGCGGGGAAUCGAAGUGGCACCGGACCGAGCCGCUGCUUACAAUGACAGGGCGCAGCUGUUGCGUCUCAUGAAAAGAGAUAACGAUGCAAUGGCUGACCUCGAUAAAGCGUUGCAGUUGACGGAAGGUAGCAAGGGUCGAGCUCGCGCGUUGGCGCUGUGUCAGCGCGGGGUUCUGUUAAAGAAACUUGGACAAGGAGAUCUGGCACGCGCAGCUUUUACUGAAGCUGCUAAACUGGGCAGCGGUUUCGCUAAGAAACAGGUGGUUGAAAUGAAUCCAUACGCAGCUCUAUGUAAUCAAAUGUUGACUCAAGUGAUGAGAGGCGAGACGGAAAUUAAACUUUAAAUAAGUAUCAUCAACAUCA